UUGUAUGUUGGAGCAACUCAUUUUCGAAGUCUCAGGUUGUUCAGAAUAAUCAGGAAGCAAGGUUGUGUUGCCACAGCCCAUUAUAAUUUUACACCCAUGCAUAGGUUACUCUCACUACGGCGAUUUCGGAUUCCUCAACAGGUGGGACGACCAUGGAUGUGCCUAGUGAGGAAGAAGUUCGAUGUUUCCCGCUGUCUCAGAGUAACACCUAGCUAG